AUGUCUGGAACAGAAGCAUCUGCUUCAGGUAAUCUUAUUAUCGGUAGUUGUUUGAUAGCUGGUAAAAGCUUGAGUGUUCUGUUUGACUCGGGAGCAACACAUUCUUUUGUGUCUGAGGGUUGUGUUAAAGAGUUAUGUUUGCUUGUGAAAGAGUUACAGUAUGAUCUUAUAGUGUCAACUCCAGCUUCAAGUUUAGUAAAGAUGUCAAUGUUGUGCGCCAGAUGCCCAGUGAAUGUAGAGGGGCGUCAGUUCAGAGUCAAUCUCAUUUGUUUGCCACUACAGAGUUUGGAUGUGAUCUUAGGGAUGGAUUGGUUGGCUGCCAAUCACAUUCUUAUUGAUUGCAGUAAGAAAAAGCUAUUGUUUCCUAACUUUAAAGAGUCAGAGUUGUUGUCUUCUCAACAGGUGUUAAAGGAAAUCAGAGAGGGUUCUCGAUGCUUUGUUAUCUUGACUCAUGUAAAUGUUGAGAAAGAUGAUAAAAGCAUUAAAAUCUUUGUGGUGAGAGAGUUUGAGGACGUAUUUCCUGAUGAAGUGCCAGGACUACCUCCUCAAAGAGAAGUGGAGUUCUUGAUUGAUCUAGUGCCUGGAGCAGGACCAAUAUCAAUAGCUCCGUACAGAAUGGCUUCAGCUGAGUUGGUAGAGUUGAAGAAAAAAAUAGAGGAAUUGUUGGAAAAGCAAUUUAUCUGA